AUGAGGUCCCUGUGGCUCUGCUGGGCACUCUGGGCACUGCCCCUGACCAGCCCUGGGGUGGCCAUGACCGAGGAGCAGAUCCUGGGCAGCCUGCUGCAGCAGCUGCAUCUCGGCGAGGCGCCCGUCCUGGACAAGAGCGACGUGGAGGAGCUGGUCACCCCUGCCCACGUGAGGGCCCAGUACGUGGCCCUGCUGAAGCGCAGUCACGGGGCCCCCUCCCGUGGAAAGAGGUUCAGCCAGAACUUCCGAGAGGUGGCCGGCAGGUUCCUGGUGUCCGAGGCCUCCAGGCGCCUGCUGGUGUUCAUCAUGGAGCAGCGGCUGCCCCCCAACAGCGAGCUGGUGCAGGCCGUGCUGCGCCUCUUCCAGGAGCCGGUCCCCCAGGCGGCGCUCCGCAGGCAUGAACGGCUUUCCCCGCGCAGCGACUGGGCCCGGGUCACCGUGGAGUGGCUGCAGGUCCGCAAGGACGGCUCCAACCGCACCGCGCUCAUCGACUCCAGGCUGGUGUCCAUCCGCGAGAGCGGCUGGAAGGCCUUCGACGUGACCGAGGCCGUGAACUUCUGGCAGCAGCUGAGCCGGCCCCAGGAGCCACUGCUGCUGCAGGUGUCGGUGCAGAGGGAGCAUCUGGGCCCGCUGGCCUCCAGCGCCCACAAGCUGGUCCGCUUCGCCUCCCAGGAGCCGACGGACACCCGGCAGGGUGAACCGCAGCUGGAGCUGCACACCCUGGACCUCAAGGACUUUGGAGCUCAGGGCAAUUGCGAUGCUGAGGCACCAGUGACCCAGGGCACCCGCUGCUGCCGCCAAGAGAUGUACAUUGACCUGCAGGGUAUGAAGUGGGCUGAGAACUGGGUCCUGGAGCCCCCCGGCUUCCUGGCCUACGAGUGUGUGGGCACCUGCCAGCAGCCCCCGGAGGCCCUGACCUUCAAGUGGCCGUUCCUGGGGCCGAGGCAGUGCAUCGCCUCAGAGACGACCUCACUGCCCAUGAUCGUCAGCAUCAAGGAGGGAGGCAGGCCCCGGCCCCAGGUGGUCAGCCUGCCCAACAUGAGGGUGCAGAAGUGCAGCUGUGCCUCGGACGGGGCGCUGGUGCCAAGGAAGCUGGAGCCGUAG